AUGGAUCCAAUAGUGGAAGCUUUAGCUUUCUUCCUGGGCUUUCUGGGAUGGCUCAUGGUUGGGAUAGCACUUCCGAAUCGAUACUGGAGAGUGUCCACAGUGGACGGUAACGUUAUCACCACGUCGACCAUCUAUGAGAAUCUCUGGAUGUCCUGCGCCACCGACUCAACAGGGGUUCACAACUGCCGCGAUUUUCCAUCGUUGCUCGCACUAAGCGGGUACCUACAAGCCUCUCGAGCACUGAUGAUCGCUUCCAUCGUGUUUGGGACAUUUGGGCUGGUGGGAACCAUUGUGGGAAUGCAAUGCUCCAAAAUAGGAGGAGAAAACUAUGUUCUGAAGGGCAGGAUCGCUGCUAUUGGAGGAGUGUUCUUCUUACUACAAGGCCUUUGCACCAUGAUUGCUGUGUCUUGGUAUGCAGCCAACAUCACCCAGGAGUUCUUUGACCAAUUCUACGCAGGGACAAAGUAUGAAAUCGGCGAGGGCUUGUACAUCGGCUGGUCUUCAGCCACACUCGCCAUGUGUGGAGGGGCAUGUCUGAUGUGUGCGUGUAGGUUUAAAGAGCCUGGCGAGAAAAUGCCUUAUCCAUAUCAGCCGUCCUCUAGAGGACGCGUGCUGUCCACAGUGGCGUCCCAGUCUGCCCACACCAACUAUGGAAGGAAUGCAUAUGUGUGA